GAUACGAUUUCGAAUCGCGCCCUUGAUGGCGAUCGGGGACAAGGCUGUUGCAAGUGCGGGUGACGCAAAGCCUCGUUUCCUCGCAGAUCCUGAUGAAGCAACGUACUGGCAGCGUGUCAAGAAGACGUGGGACAUGCUUGACUUUCGCACGGCAUUCGCUACAUCUCAACAAGUGCAAGAUGCAAAGUCCAUUGUGUGGCGUGCCAAGAACGGUGCUCCAAUCUCCGACGAGGCCAAGUACCAGGCAGCAUUGCAUCUCACCCGGGCAGUAUUGCACCCCGACACAGGGGAUACGGUGAUCUUCCCCCUGCGGGUGUCCAUGAUUGUUCCCAUGAACUUGGGUCUUGACUGCGGCAUGAUCUUGGCCUCCACGACGCGGUCCACUAUCUUUUGGCAGUGGCUCAACCAAACGUAUAACGCACUACACUACUAUGCCAAUCGGAAUGCAACGAAUCAAGACACGACAAGCCAGCGGAUUGCCGCGUACAUCGGUGCCACAGCCAGUUCCGUCGCGGCGUCGCUGGGCGUUCGACGAUGGGCCAAGGCGCACCAAAAUCCGCUCAUGCUUCGAUUUGCGCCGUUUGCCGCCGUUGCUACCGCCGAUCUGCUCAACCUUGCAGUCAUGCGCCAGUCCGAAUACCUACGCGGGGUCAACAUCUUCGACGAGACUGGCGAGUGGGUCGGGGUAAGCAAGGCGUGUGGGCUGUACGCUGUUGCAUCGUGCAUUGGCGGGCGCAUCUUUGCCGCGGCGCCGAUUUUGAUCAUUCCACCGUUGAUCAUACAGCGCCUCGAGACAAAGACAAUGGCGUUCCGCACGCGGCCAUGGCUCAAGCUCCCUGCGACGCUGGCGCUCGUGGCAGUCAUGAUCCAAACGUCGGUCCCGCUCACGUUUGGCCUCUUUCGACAAUCAGCCCAAGUCGACACUCGCUACAUCGAAAACGAUUUUCGCCACCGCGUCAACGCGAAAGGGGUCAUCAUGCAGACGGUCACGUACAACAAAGGCAUUUAACAUCAUGGAAAACAAGCGUCGGCCUGGCUUGACCUUGGCUGGUCCUCC